AUGACGACGAUCUUCGACGGCUACGACGAGGAGUACAAGAGCCUUGCGCAGUCCAUCUCGGUCAAGAUCAGCGAGAUCUCUUCCUACGAAGAUGCGCCCGACAAGAAGCGGACCGCGAUCACGCACGUGGGCGACUUGAUCACGCAGGCCACGCAGCUCAUCCAGCAAAUGGACCUUGAAGUGCGCAGCCUCGACGCGGCGACGAAGCGCGAGCUCUCCAAGAAGGUCGACCAGUACAAGAAGAGCCUCAAGUCGCUCUCGGACGAUCUCAAGCGCAUUCGCGAAAAGGAGGAAGAAAACGGGCUCUUUGGCUCGGCUGAAGCCCGAGCACGCAUGCAAGGCGCCACGCAAAAGCUCAAACAGACUGGCGACCGCAUCUCAGCAGCGCACCAAACGGUGCUCGAGACCGAGGAAACCGCCAUUGGCAUCCAGGAAGAGCUCAGCCGGAACCGAGAAAAGAUCGAGUCGACGCACAACAAGGUCAAGUCGGUCAACGACAUGGCGCGCGCAGGUGGCCGCAUCCUCAACCGCAUGUCGGCGCGCGACAAGCGCCAGAAGCUCAUCCUGUACGGCGUCAUGGGCUUCAUGAUCCUCGCGAUCCUCAUUGUACUCUUCUCGACGAUCUUUGGUCGACGUCGCUAG